AUGUCAACAACACGAGACUCAACGCCAUGUCCAUCUCCCCGACCGAACGACUACCGUGAUAGGAAGGGAAAGGGGCGAGCCAUUCCAUCCCCCUCGUUUCCUUCUCAUGAAACUGAAAGAAGUGAGAUCAUCAAGCUGUUAGAAAGCCGCUUGAACGAAUCCCAUCAGUUGCUCGCCAAGCUCAAACGUCUCAGUCGCCAGCAACAGCCUCAAGCUCCGCGCAACACCAAAAAAUUUAAAAAUAUUUUCUUUUCGCCGGCUCUCGGAAACCAACCCAAGAUUUGGGCGUCCUCGUCAAGCUCUUCUCACAAGAGACAUUGUAAAUUGAAUAAUAGCAAGAUGCAACAUUUUCAAGAGCGGAAGAGCCAAGGGGCAAGGCCGAGAGGCAUGAGCAUCUUUGGGAGCCCGAGCCAAGCGAACCCGGCGGCAGCGGACGGACCAGAGCCCGAGACAGAGGGGACCAACAGUUGCAUUGGCGACCCAACCGACGUUUUGUCCACCUCCGCCACCAUCGACACCGUCCAGCAAUCCGACGAAGAGCAGGCUCGCAUCCUCAGGGAGUCUUUGCUUCUCCCUAGGAUUCCUGAGCUUGAUGAGGCCAUCAACUCGUGGAGGAGCCGGGUCGAAAACUAG